AUGUGUCAAAUGAGAGCCCAGUGCACACUGCAGGAUCCAGAGCUGCUCUCAGGGGCUCUGAUAGAUGUGGCCAAACACCUGGGCAACCUGAAGUUCAGAGUCUGGGAGAAGAUGCUGGAGAUGGUGCAGUACACUCCUGUGGUGCUGGACCCCAAUACUGUACAUACCCAAGUCUCUCUCUCUGAUGAUCUGACCAUUGUGAGAGACACAGGUACAGACCAGAAAUAUCCUGCCAACACAGAGAGGUUUAGCUGCUGUACGAAUGUGAUGGGAUCUGAAGGGUUUACCUCAGGGAAACACAGCUGGGAGGUGGAGGUUGGGAACAAGCGGGAUAUAGGAGUGGUGAAAGAGUCCAUCAGUAGGAAGGGGGGUCUAACAUACAGUCCAGAAAGUGGAUUCUGGGCCACAAUGCUGAGGAAUGGUGAUGAUCACGAAGCAGCUGGAGUUACUGACCUCACACUGAAGAGGAAGCCCCAGAGCAUCAGAGUGCAGCUGGACUAUGACAGGGGUUAGGUGUCCUUCUUCAAUUCUAGUGACACGUCACUCAUUUACACUAUUAAAGACACAUUUACUGAGAGAGUGUUCCCAUACUUCUCUCCCUGUUUGAAAAAAGAUAAGAAUGUUGGACCCCUGCAGAUAUGCCCAGUGAAAGUAGUUGUAACAAUGACAUCAUCCCAGUGAAAAUGAACAAAUUAUAGAUGCUGCACUUGUAAGGAAAUGUGGCUGGUUCUAAUCUGCCUCAGCAUGCCUGGUUGUUGACUUGAACUCGGGCAGACCUACUGGACUGAUCAAAGGAGGGUGGUUGAUGGC